UCGCCCAAUCUGCUGGUCUCACUUAAGACGAAAGUCGAAUUACUAUCCGUUGGUUGCGAUUGUCACGAAUUAUUUCGCAAGUCACAAAGAAAUUAUGAACUCCCGUGUUGGGACCGUUACAAUCUUGAGAGCUCUGGCAGAUUGAGUAGUAUGUUAUACUUUCUAUCGCGAUUCACCCAGAAUGAACUGUACUCGGUGACUCCAGCCUGAAGCGUAGUUCAGUCCCAGGCCCCGUAACACUCGCUAGGCGUUUUCGCAUCAUCCGAUCUCCUCAACACUCCCACUGUGCUGAUCGAUGUUUCCCUUCCCAUAAACCCCUCAUGAACAAUUUUCUCGGCUGGUAGCAUCAACUGCAAGAUGGCAGAGCCGGUCGGUAUAACCGGCACCGCUGUCGGAAUAGUUUCCUUUGGUCUGCAGCUAUAUACUGGAAUCUCCAAGUAUCUCGAUGCUGUCAAGGGACGAGACGAAGAUCUCCAACAGGCGAAGCAACAUGCGAAUAUCUUCCAAGCAUCUUUGAAGGCAAUUGGUGAGAUGAUUCCCAAAGUCAAAGAUGAUUAUGCGACGGCAAAACAUGUCGUUGAAGAAUGUAAACGCUCAUGUGAAGCUGAGCUCAAAGCUCUCGAGGCGCUUCUCAAAGACUUGCAAGGGCCGCUCGGUCUACUGGAUGGCCCCAUCGCCAAGGUAAAAGGGUCUAUGCGCAAAUGGAGUUACCCUUUCAAAAAGAAUAAUAUCACCAGGCUGGAGGAGAGGUUAGAAUCAAUGAACAGUUUUCUUAAGACGACCUUGUCGACUUUGCAGCUGGCCAUUUUGGAUGAACAGGACAAGGCUAUUCUGAAGUUACAGAAGACUGUUGAUACCAUCCAAACGACAACCGAAAGCACCUCUAGAGUGAUGUUACAACAGUCAGGGGCCUUGCAGCAUGUAAAUCAGACCUUGACUCAAGCUCAUCAGGAGAUUCAGCUUAUAUCUCAACGAGCUUCCGCUCAUUCUGAUCCAAGGAUUGACGAAAUUCUCACUCACCUACGCGAUACCCCGGACACUCGGCUUCAAUUCGCGCACCUGGUGGCAUAUCAACAAGAUCUUAAGACUUUAUGCGAUGCUGUACUUCGGGCUCAAAGUCGAACGACAGUGCAUAGCUUCAGGAAGCCCAAUACCAAUAGUGUUUUAAGCACCAGUAGGCAAGAGUUUUGUCGCUGUACCAAGCGUCGAGACUUGCGGCGCAAUGAGGGCCGUUUUGGUUUGCUGUUCUUCGAAACAGAGCUCGAAAAGACAAUUCACCAUGCCCCAGAAUGUCCCUUAUCGCAGGUAGUAUCAUCGACCCAACAGAAGAGGAGUGUCAUUGGUCUUUCUAUUCCGAGAAUAGCUAGAAUCUUGAAAAGCGCUGUUCGUUUCUCAAUGUCUCUUACAACUGGUGCUGGUGGAUUAAGUUUGGCUCAGAAUAUUAUCUGGGUUGCAACAGUGGAUGAAAAGUCUUCUCCAUCAUUCAAAAUAGUCAGCACCUUUGUCGACCUCAAGAUGAGGUCACCUCCAUCACGUUUUGUUGUCGAGGACUUUCACACAAUUGCGAAAUCCUGUAUGAGGCGACUCGAGCUAUGUUACGCCAACCGUCAGGCGUCGCGAUCCGAUGUGAACGAAUAUGGCGAAUCAGUACUUGACUUAUUCGCUUGGGAAUUGUCUAGGAAGCCGUGGGAACGAUAUGUCGAGCCAGUAGAUGAUGUCGCAUAUAUCUUCCGUUCUCUUGCUGCUAUAAAAGUGCCGGUUAUCCACAACACUACUAGAGGUAACAGUCAACCGUUUCUAUCAUUGGUCGCGGAGAACUAUUGGUUGAUUUACAAUAUGAGAGUCCCUGAAACUAUAUCAGCACUCCUAACCUGCUGUGACAAUUUGAUAAAUUAUAACUACAACAGUGUCAUAGACUUGCCGUCUCAUAAGCUAUAUAUGCUUAAAGAAUUUCCCGAAGUCUCCCAAAAUCUCGGUUUCAACCUGUUGAGCAUAGCAAUUAUAAGAGGCAAUGAACAAGAAGUAGGCUGCUUGUUGAAAAACUUCCCAUCGUACCAACUGGAAGUCAACUAUUGUGGUCAAACACCAAUCCAUAUUGCCAUUCAGAUUGGAAAUCCUCGGCUUGCUCUGCUUGUUUUAGAAGAUAUCAAUUCUGAGGCUUUGAAUAUCGCGGACAACAUGCAGAACUACCCAAUAGACUAUGCUUUUGCCAUCCACGAGCAGAAAGAUAUUGAACAGCCCUGCGAUACCUGCAGGUUGGUGGAGAGACUUCUUGAAUUAGGCUCUGUGCUAUUCGAACGCUCUUUGAGAGUUGGAUUGAACACUCCAUGUCAGCGAACCAGGAUGGCCAUUGUCCAACACAUUGCGCGAAGAAGAAGGGAAUUGGAGCAGCUAGCUGUAUCCAAGCUAUCUGCGGCAGAGGUCAGAGACCUUGACGUUUGCAGAGGGUGGAUUCUGGACCAAUAUGCCACCCAAGCCCAAUACUAUCUCACAGCUCGAUCUGUCGAUAUACCAAAGCAUCUCAUGGUGUGCGAGCGAAACCUCCUGACUGAAUUCUUGAAGAGCUCUACUUCAAUAUUUGCAUACAUAACGGACAGGGAGACGGCCGUGUAUGCUCACUCACUGGGUUUCAGCAGGAAGACUGCUUUUCUUGUUCUUUUCCACCGCAUGAUGUGGAGCAUCGCCUAUAGAAAGCACCUGAACUUCUCACCACCGUACAUCUACUGGACAAUAAAUGAUGGGUCCAGUGAAGGUGCAGACAUUGCGGCUGUAGUCCCAUCAAAUUUCGUCUCUGGGGUAGUUGCACCUGCAACGUGGGCCCAUUAUCUUAUGAAAAUACUGGGUGCUGAGACGAGACGUGACACGAGACGUGACGAUAUGCGAGAUGGUGUCUUUCCGCCGUCGGUAGCGGAUGUCACCAUGUCUGAGGCUCUAGGCGACAAAUGCCAAUGCCAUUGCUCUUUACAAGGUUGCACUCCUUUAAUGAGAUUCUUGGAAGGAUUUGGAUUACGCCGUGGCUACUUUCGAUACUCAUUUGUUCUUGAGUCAGAUGUAAUGUCACUGCCGCGCAUCCUCGAAGCUCUACUCCCCGAUAGAGACAUCGCCCAAAGCUGGGUACCUUCUGCCGUUGUACGCUAUUUGACAUUCUCUGCUUUGGAACUCCGACAUACGUGUUGUGACUUAAGGACGAAUGGUCAAGAUUCUGUUCUGGACCCUGAGGAGGUUGACGAAAUCCACGAGGAGGAUUCUGCUAUGUUACAACGUCUAGAAGAUCUCGUUGAUCAUUUCGAUAUUGAAUGCGAUAGCAUGACCGACUUCAGUUCGUUUCUGGGAUACGUUUGGCUGCCGAAGAUGCGAGAAGUGUGUCAGGAGAUUGAAUCUCAAGAACUUACAGAGAAAGAGUUGAAACAAGCAGAAGAUUGUGGCGUGAAAUGGACAUCUUGUGAGAGUGACGUGUCUUGGAUGGAAGGUGACUACGGACCCGAGGAUCUUGAAGGCUGGAUGAGAAGAUUAGACGAGAUUGCCAUAGAUCCCCAGAGACCUAUGCUUGGCGAUCCUGAGUCUUCGAAUUCCAGGACAGAAGCUGAGUUCUGGUUAUAAUGGCGAGAACUAGUUCAGGAAGUGGUAACUAUGACUGAGCCCCGAGUGAUUAGUCAGAUGCUAUGAUACAUAACGACAGAAAUUGUAGAUGCUUGAAUGUAUCAUGCUAAACUACUAUACCCCAUCUCUCAGGUUACGAACGUAAACGACAGACCACUAACCCAAAUCUCACUCUCCCAACAACUUAACAGAAGGUACAACCAAUUGACCAAAGAACUAGUCCUAGAACCACCAAUACAAGUAGUAGAUGUAGUGAGAAGCUUGUCUCGUUGAACUUGAUGCAGGUGACUGACCUUAGAAUCCAUGGAAUUCUUAACGUGUGCCAUGAAUGACUGCGCACUUUAUUAACUCCUAUCUAUAUGCCUAGUUUAAGGUACAAUUGUACAUAGGGUAG